CUCCGGUGUGUCCAGACGUCAGAAGAUGCCACGAACGCACGGCGGCAUGAUGUGGAGGACAGCGAGCUGCACCCUGUGGCUGGUUGUGGGUUCCCAGCUCGGGUUGUGGGGUGUUUGGGGGACAGCAGCAGACCUGGACGGCGACGUCCGGGUCGAGGUCUUGUUCAAGCCCGAGCAGUGCACCCCCAGGAGUAAAAGAGGAGAUCUGAUGAACGUCCAUUACGACGGCUUCCUCGCCAAAGACGGUUCUCAGUUCUACUGCAGUCGGUCGGACAAAGCCGGGCACCCUCAGUGGUUUGUGCUGGGCGUUGGACAAGUCAUCAAGGGCCUCGACAUGGGAAUGGAAGACAUGUGUCCCGGAGAGAAGAGAAAAAUAACGGUUCCCCCCGGCCUGGCCUUCGGAGAAAAGGGCAAAGAUCCAGUGCCGCCCAACGCUACGGUGGUGUUUGAGGUGGAGGUCUACUCUGUGUCCAGGGGACCGCGCAGCAUGGAGGCUUUUGGACAGAUGGACCUCGAUAGAGACAGAAGUCUCACAAAGGCUGAGGUGAAAGAAUACUUGAAACUGGAGUACGAGAAGGGCGGGAAGGCUCGCGACGACCCUUUCUACGAGAAGAUCAUGGCUGAUAUAUUCCGUAAGAGCGACCACGAUAAAGACGGGCUGAUCAGCGCCAAGGAGUAUAACAUAUAUGAACAUGAUGAGCUCUAGUGUUGGAAGAAGUGGAUCUUGGUAAUUGUUAUACUUUAUGUACAUUGAUUAAUUUGAGAGGGAAGGGAAGACUCCACCCUCCGAUGUUCUUAUAAUGCUGAUGCUCUUUUUUUUUUCUAUAUAAAGGUUAAAGCAGUGAAUAUUACGAUGUCUUAACCAGUUCAGCCCUAGCUGUUAAAAAAGAUCUGGGCUGGAUUUUUCCUUUUCUUUUUUUUGAAGGAGGUAGUAACGUCACGUAAGUAACGUUAAAGUAUUUGGAGACAUCUUUCCAAGCCAGCAAACUAGCCACUUAACUCGCAUAUUUUAGAAGUAUUAAACUAUGCGAACGGGUCUCCAACACCUGUGCAAAUACCACUAAAUGCUACUAAAUGUAAGCAUUUAAACUAUUUUUAUAUUUUUUGUCUUUUGGUAAACAUUGAUUGAAUUUGCAGCACAUAAAAAGAAACCACAUUUCAACAUGUUGUACAAUCCUUGUCUUUGAAACUGUAACCUGACUGCCAUGUUAAAUAAGAUUUGAGAGGAACAAGACUCCAGAGAGGAGCUUCAACUGUCCCAGCUCCCUGUGAUGUUUCUGCCCUCUAAUCUGCAUCUCACACCAGUGUAUGAUCCAUAGAUGGAGGUGGAUAUAUUCAAAAAUUGACUGCAAAUACUUCUUUACUUCCAGGAAAGGAUGUCCAAUACAAGCAAGGCUUAAAUAAAUGACGGCACAUGUGGAAAUGAUUGAGAAGUUUGAAUAAAAUCGAUGAUAAAAUGCACGUCUACAAAUUGUGUGUACAUUUUUAUGUGGUAAAAAUCUGGGUUUUCAUUGAAUCCAGUUGAACAAUUGUAUUUAGGAACAGUCAAUGAAUAAAUUAUAGUGUAUGUGGAAAACUA